GGAGAAACUCUGUCUCCGCUUCCCUCUCUCCACAGAGGAGCCCUGGCAUUUCCCCCUCCUUACCUAUCGACCCCAGCACUAGCUGCAGGCGAAACUCCCCCUGGCUGGCCCCUCCUUUUUCAAUUUCCUAGAACCUCCAAGAACCCAACAGCCUGUGAAGGCAGAAAAGGCGAGCAAGGCAGAAAGACAGGGCGAAAAAACCAGGUUUCCUGUCUUCACCUCCUCCUCUUCGCCUUUCCAGAAAGCUGGGAGUGCAACCGUGCCGCAACUCCCCCCCCCCCGCCGCAAGCUCUUGAAUUCACUCCCCCCCCCCGGGAACUCCUGUUCUAACUUCCAAAUUCCUUUCCCCAUCCUCAUCUCCUUCCUAGAAAUAGUUUUAAUUUCUCCCCCUCUCCUUCUCUUCCUGUCUUCGUCUUCCUCUCCGGCUUUCCCCUUUUCUCAUCUCCCCCCACCCCACCCCGCCGCCGUGGUUUCCUUCCAUGCCCCCUCUUCCCUUCUCUUUCCCUGGGGUGGGUGGGUUCGGCUAGCCAGCCGUGGCUGGGGACUCCCUUCUUGCAAGAGUGCCGCAGGAGAGAGAGAGGCAAGGGCAUAGCUCGCUCUUUCUCUCUCGCACACCUCCCUGCAUGUGAUUAAAUGUCUUGAAAUCUGCUGCUGAUUUCCGCGGGGAGUUGACUUUUUCCUUCUUUUCAAGCCUUGAAUUUAUUGAGACCUUCUUACUCCACUGAAAGGCAGCCGUCCGGGCUCAGUUUCUCCACUGUUGCAUAGAGUUUUUCUUUCCUCUCCACCCCCCCCCCCUUUCCCCUUUUUCUCUUUUCUCCUUGGUCCCUCCCAGCCAAGCAGUUCUUCAUUGGACAGUGCAGGGGGGAGAGAGAAAGAGAAAGUGGAGCAGCCUGAAGAACCCAGAGCAGUGGGCAAAAGGAGUGCGAUUCCCACUGUGGGACUGAAGCAGCAACCGAGCGGUCAUUUUACUUAUUUUUCUUCCCUUCCACCCCCACCCCUCUUUUCCCCCCUUGCGCGCCUGGCUACACUGGCAUAUUUCUCUCGAUCUUCAAGUUCCAGACUGAUUUCUCCCCUCUUCCCAUAGCCAAGACAAUCUGGGUGUCUGGAAUUACACUCCUUUGACAUCUCCCGGGCUGGGUGUUGAAGAGAAACUUUCUACCUGUUCCUGUCAAAGAAGGAUCUGGUUUUUGUGUCUUGGGGAGAUCUUGUGCCGGGAGGAUGGAUCGCUUGUCUCUGUUAUGGCUGCUUCUCGCUGCCUGUUGGCUUCACCGGGCUCAGGCUGUUAACCCCUUUGCAGUGCAGCAGACCCCGCCUGACCCUUGCUACGAUGAAAAAGGGGCCCCUCGCCGCUGCAUCCCAGAGUUUGUCAAUGCCGCCUUUGGGAAGGAAGUCCACGCCUCCAGCACUUGUGGAAAGCCGCCCACCCGCCACUGUGAUGCUUCAGACCCCCGGAAAGCCCACCCGGCCUCCUACCUCACUGACCUCAAUACGGCCGCCAACAUGACUUGCUGGCGCUCGGAGACUUUGCACCACGCACCCCAAAACAUCACCCUCACGCUCUCCUUGGGCAAGAAGUUUGAGGUGAUCUAUGUGAGUCUGCAGUUCUGCUCGCCCCGUCCCGAGUCGGCAGCUGUCUUCAAAUCCAUGGAUUAUGGCAAGACGUGGGUGCCGUAUCAGUAUUACUCUUCUCAGUGCCGCAAGAUCUAUGGCAAGUCCAACAAAGCCACCGUCACCAAGCAGAACGAGCAGGAGGCGCUCUGCACGGAUGGGUACACGGACCUGUAUCCCCUGACAGGCGGGCUGAUCGCCUUCAGCACCCUGGACGGACGCCCCUCCGCUCAAGAGUUUGACAAUAGCCCCGUUCUCCAGGACUGGGUGACGGCCACUGACAUCCGAGUCAUUUUCAGCCGUCCCCAUUUGUUCCGGGAUCUGGGAGGCCGGGACCACGAGGAUGAGGAUGGUGGGGCGAGCUCAUCCUCGUACUUCUACGCUGUGGGCGAGUUUCAGGUUGGGGGGCGCUGCAAGUGCAAUGGGCACGCCUCCCGCUGUGUGAAGGACAAAGAAGGCAAGCUGGUGUGCGACUGCAAACACAACACCGAGGGGCCGGAAUGCGACCGGUGCAAACCCUUCCACUAUGACCGUCCGUGGCAGAGGGCAACUGCCAGGGAAGCCAACGAAUGCCUAGCCUGCAACUGCAAUCUUCACGCCCGCCGCUGCCGUUUCAACAUGGAGCUCUACAAACUCUCGGGGCGGAAAAGUGGCGGCGUUUGCCUCAAUUGUCGCCACAAUACUGCGGGUCGGCAUUGCCAUUACUGCAAGGAGGGCUUCUACCGGGACAUGAGCAAAUCCAUCACCGACCGCAAGGCCUGCAAAGCAUGCGAUUGCCACCCUGUUGGUGCCGCAGGGAAAACCUGCAAUCAAACCACUGGGCAGUGCCCCUGCAAAGAUGGCGUGACGGGCUUAACCUGCAACCGCUGUGCCAAAGGCUACCAGCAGAGCCGUUCACCAGUGGCUCCAUGCAUCAAGAUUCCGGCCAUCAACCCAACUUCAGUGGUCACCAGCACAGAAGAACCAGCAGACUGUGAUUCCUACUGCAAGCCAGCCAAAGGCAACUACAAGAUUAACAUGAAAAAAUACUGCAAGAAAGAUUACGUUGUCCAAGUGAACGUCUUAGACAUGGAGACCGUGGCCAACUGGGCCAAGUUCACAGUCAACAUCCUCUCGGUCUACAAGUGCAGAGAUGAGCGGGUGAAGCGUGGUGACAACUUCUUGUGGAUCCACAUGAAAGAUCUGGCGUGCAAAUGCCCCAAGAUCCAAAUCAGCAGGAAAUACUUGGUCAUGGGCAUCAGCGAAAACCCCACUGAGCGGCUGGGCCUCAUGGCCGACAAGAACAGCUUGGUCAUCCAGUGGCGGGACGCCUGGACCCGGCGCCUUCGGAAACUGCAGAGGCGGGAAAAGAAGGGGAAGUGCUUGAAACCGUGAUUGGUUGAGGCUCUUUGUUAGUACAGGCCUCCUUCCUCUCUUGCCAAUUGGUCCCCUGUGCACUCCACUCAGCAGACUGUUUCUAGAGACUCUGUAUAUAUACCUAUCAUGUGAAUGGAUGGACUCGCCUUUGUAUAGUGUAUAUUUUGGCAAUGGUUCCUUUGGUGGGGGUUGCAUGCACGAGUGCAUGGGCCCUCUCUUUUUUAAAAAAAAAAAAAAGUUUAUUAAGAGUAACACGAUAAUGACAAACCUUUAACAAGGAGCGAAGUGAAUGAAAGGUCUGGUGGGGCCAAUGAAUUUAAGAAAUGUGGAAGAAAAAAGCUCAGAUCUUCUCUGGGUGGCAAUGGAUUCCCCCCUUUGGUUAGUUUGUCAUCUAUAACAUCUCUCUGAUUCUGGCAAUUUCCAGAGGGAUAACCAUGUUAGUCUGUUACAGCAAGCAGAAAAAUGUCCUGGGGCAACUUAAAGACUAACAUUUAUGGUGACAUGUGUGGAUUAAAGCCUACUGUAUCAGAUCCCCAAAGGGCUAUCCUCAGUUAGACAGCAGAUCGUAGUCCAUUAAUCUUGUGAGUUUUCGUCAUCAAUUAAUCAAUUAAAUUUGUAUAAAUUAUACACACAAUAUAUAUAUAUAUAUAUAUAUAUAUAUAUAUCUCUGACACUGAGGGUAACACUUCAUGAGUCCAAUGACAUAUUAAAACGAAUGAGUUGGCCACUGGGAAAUUUACUACAUUCCUAUGGCCCUUUGGAAGGAACCAAUGCAUUUCAGUGGCCAUUCUCUGUCACUAGUUUUGGUAUGCUCUGGCUCUAUUCCACAAAAGCUUUGAACACAAGCCAUCUGUUAAGUCCUCUUUUUUCCCCUUCCCCCUAUCUGAUUCUGGUGCCAUUUUCUUACUCUGAAAAGUGAAAGGAAAAUGCUGUUGGUUGGGAUAUUUAGUCAACCACGGUUAACAUAGCCUGUUUCCUGGACUCACCCAUGUGAUGGAAUGAUUUGGUAUGGAAUCUCCCAUGCUCGCCUCACUCUUUCUUAAGUCCCAGGACUGCUAGCUUGUGCAGCCGUACUGGGAACCUGAGCGCCCCACCCACCCCCCCGCGCGUAAAGUUUGCAUUUCUUGGUGAUGAUGUGACAAUCUCCACUUCUAUUUAAAUUUAAGAAAUUUGUUCCAACCAAACACUUAGGAAGCAGAAGACACAUGGACAGACACACACAUAUGCCUAAACACAAACUAAUGGUCCCUUUAGGUGAAUAUCAUUGAAGUUCUUUCCUUCUGGCUCUCUGAUCUCAUUUCUCAUUUCUUCUUCCUUCCUCAUUUCUCAUGAUCUUUUCUCACGUGAUAAGGAUACCUUGAUGGUGAAUUCCUAGCUAGUCUCUUACCUGUCCCCAGACUUGCAAACAAACAUAUCUGUGACAUCAGAGGGCCUAAGGUAGGCCUGAAGUGUCAUAGAGGGGUUUGCAAGUUGAGGCCAACAGCUGACUGCUUAAGAAGAAUGAUAAAACUACAGAAUCGGAAUUCUGCAGUCCUUAAGCACCAAACAUUGCAGAAUUAAACAGCAUUAGUACUGCAUUUACAGCAUUGCCUUUCCAAUAGCACCUUGUUAGAUGUGUUAAGCCAGUCUUACAAUUGUUUUUCAUACUUCCGUUUAAUUAUGGCUCCUGUUUUGUGUCACAUUGGGCAGUAAUCAUUGCAAUGUAUGUGAGGGUUAUCCUGUCAUCCAUGAUGACGAUGAACAACGAUGGAUAUUUAUAUACUGCUUUUCAACCCAAGUUCUCAAAGUGGUUUACAUAGAUAUAAAUAAAUGAAAUGAAAUGGCUCCCUGUCCCCAAAAGGCUCACAAUCUAAAAAAAGAAAGAAACAUAAGAUAGACACCUGCAGCAGCCACUGGAGGGAUACCGUGCUGGGGAUGGAUAGGGCUACCUGGUCUACGGAAGGAUGAUUCCACAAGGUGGGACAUUACAAGGGCAAAAUGAGACGAGCACUUUGGCCAGCGGCCAGCGUUCCUUUGAGCAGCCAAUUCAAGGCCAACUGGCUGCCAUUUCAACAAAGUCUGAGCACUCCAUGAUUGGAACAGCAUGAAUGCCAGACAGCUCCAGCCAACAUCUGGUCUAGGACAUGGGGUUGCAGCAUGGGCUUGGCAUACCCAAGCGCUUCCCCAGAAGAGCGUUUCCCCUCCAGACUGACUGACCAUCCCAGGUCACUGUGUUGUGAGUUACCCCACCGCGGAAGCAUAGUGCCACAUCGUGGCUGGGCUUGAAUCUUCACUGGACUACGUACGUUGUAGGGUUGCUAGUUCUGACUGAAGCUAUCCUGAAGAAUAUUUCCCCCCUGAAAUACUUUUCACAAGAGCAAGCCAUUAAAAUUGGCAGGAUUGUUUUCAGGAGUCACCGGGAGAUGGAUGCCGAUUCCUGGAGACUCGAGGCCAAUCCUGGAGGGUUAGUAAAUUGCCACACCCCAGUUAGAGGAACACGUGGCAAUGACGCCCUCCUUCGUUCACUCCAACCAAGCCAACCAAGAAACCUACUCUUCCUCGGAGUGUUCCCAUCUCCAAAGGAGCCUCCUGAUACUGAGAUACCACCAAAAUGUUCCUGUUGAUCACUUAUGCGCAGACCACUCUCUCACCUGGGCCACUUGGAUAAUUUGUUUAGGGGGCACUGAAAGAAAUUACCAUGGAAAGUGUUAGUUUGACAAAGGCACGAAGGGUUGCUGUUCACUAGAUGCUUUGUGUAUACAGAUUGUUGAUCUGUACACAACAUAUGGUUAUCCACGCAUUCUGUUCAGCACUCAUACAGCGGUACACACCAUCUGUACACUACAUUGGAAGGGGCCAGUACCCAUGCUCACUUAUAAAAGGAACACAUAUACAGCCAUUCACAGUAAAACAUGUACAUGUCUACAGACACCUACUCAUGACAACGGAAUGCAUGAAUAGCCCUAGCCCUCAUAAGCGUUUAAGAGGUGGUUUUGCCCUUCAGAAGAUAUGAAGGCAAGCAGGAAACUAUUGCUGUUGUGGUCCAAACCUCCAUGUAUUUUCUCCCAUUGGAGUAUCACCCACCCUCUAUUUAAGUGUAGAGAAGCUACAUACCUCUGAACAUCAGGUGCAAGAGGCAAAGAAGAGGGGGCCUUGCCUUCAUGCCCUGCCUGGGAACCUCCCCAAGGCAUCUUUGCUGACCUCUGUCAGAAACGGACUGUCAAACUAAAGGGACCCUUGCUCUCAGCCAGUAGAGCCUUUGUCAUUGUCAUGUGCUGUCGCAGUUGUCAUGUGCUAAUGUUACAGGGAACACGGUACAGAGGAAGACGCUUCAUGCAUCUGAUGGAAAUGGGCUACAGCGGUUGAGAGCAUUCAGGGCCAGGUGGGUUGGGAUAUCUUUUGGGAAUCACCAGUGCAAACAGUUCUGGGAUACUGGCAAACCACUUCUCUCCACCAUGAAACAAACAUGUCUUGCUUCCAGCACAAGCUUCAGGAGACCCUCAAUAUUUAAGGAGUAUUUGUGUGUGUGAGGGGUCUGGAGUAUGGACUUCAGCAUUUGAACAAUCCUUCCACGUGGAGAAAAUUGAGGCAGUGGCUUCUGGACACCAGGGCACAGGCAAACGUAGGCGUCACUGCUUACGGAUAAGGAUACAUGGUGAUUUAUAACUAAGUUUGGAAAUAACUCCUACUUUGUUUAUGAGAAUUACAUAAAUAAAAAUGUUUUUAAAAUGACGACAAA